AUGAUGUUCUCGUUUCGGAGUUUGCCUUCUUCUGGUUUCUGGGAACUAGUAGAGCAGUUCGUACGAUGUUGCUGGAGCUUGGAUAGUUUUACAACUAACUUUCUUCGAGCUCAGUGCCUCAGAGACCUGUCACUCAGAGAAGGGAGACUCUCGAACUGGCACAUUUAUUUGUUUUGAACCCAUUGUUUGGGAAAGGAAACUGCCUCGAAAAGUCAAAUAUUGGAAGACAUUCUCACCAUGACGAAGAAAGAUCUCGACGACGACGACUCUGUCCUCUCUUUCAGUGAUGAGCCAGGAGAGACCACCGCGAAAAGUAUGACCAGCGCUACCGGUACAGGCAGCGAGACCUUGUCGGAUUCGGACGUUUUGAAAAGCAGCUUGACGGAUGGCAAACAUGCCAUGUGCUUUCGCUUCCUAUUGCUGGGAGUGUUGGUGGUUGUUGCAGUUGUUGUCACAACAUUCCUCUACUUCUACCUCUCGAACUCCGAGCAAGCUGACUUUGAAGAUCAUUUCGAGUCUGAAUCAGAUAAGGUGUUCUCGGCGAUUGGAAGGACCCUGGACCAACGCAUGGGAAACGCCGAUGCCUACAUGUACCGUGCCGUGUCGUAUUCGAUGGCAGUGGGCAAGCAGUGGCCCUAUGCUGUCCAAGCCGAUCAUUGCGUCCAGUCGUCCAAGCUCCUCAUGCAGAUCAAAUCGUUUGUCAUCCAGUACUUCCCCUACAUCGCCACCAAAGAGGAUCGUCUCAAGUGGGAGAACUUUGUGCCCGAGAACAGAUGGUGGGUCGAAGAAUGCCUGGACGUUCAGGAGCAGGAUCCAAACUUCCAUGGUCCCAUCCUUAGAGAAUAUGACCUUGUCGAUAUCAUUUUCAACAGCACGGGUCUCAUGCCGGAAGACGCACCAGGGCCUUUCAUGCCUAAUUGGUUGGUACAUCCCGUCAUACCCUAUUGGACUCCCUACAACUGGAACGCCGUGGUCUAUGAAGAGUACAGAGUGCCGCUCCUGGCCGCUAUGGACUCGCUUUCGGUGGUUUACACACCGCUCAUAAACUACGCCCCACCGGAUGACCCUGCUCGCAUUGCUUCCGCAGCAACUACCAAUGGCUGGGCCAAAGACUUCAUCGACAACGAAGAUGAUCCAAGCGAACCCCUCAGUGCAAUGUACUACCCAGUCCACGAUGCAGUCAAGAAUGUAGUUGUGAAUUCUACGAAAGGAGUCAACGCUCUUGGGGUUUUGGCCUUCAACUUUUACUGGCGCCACGUUAUGGAGGAAAUUCUCGCGGAAGGGUCUCCUGGUGUGACUGCUGUAUUCAAGAACGAAUGUGGAAAUCAGUCGUUCUCGUAUCUCAUUAAAGGAAGCGAGCCCUCCUUUCUGGGUCAUAUCGAUGCGCACGAUGGGGAGUAUGAGUCCAUGUGUCAAUCAAGACCAUUGUUUGAUCUUUCCAACUUGGAUGGUCGCUACUCUGGUCGACCCAUCAACGCUGAGUUCUGCCCCUUUGAAGUGACUCUCUGUCCAACUCAGGAAAUGGAGGGUGUCUUUGUAACCAACAACCCCACCAUCUAUGCCGUGGCUGCCGCGUUUGUGUUUUUGUUCCUCAUCACGACGAUCGUCUUUUUGCUUUACGCCAUGGAAAUUACGCGGCGGCAGAAAAUCACACUGGCCAAGGCACUCCAAGCGAGGAACAUUGUGAACGAUGUGUUCCCCGCGAUUAUUCGCAACCGUAUGUUGGAGCAAGAGCAGGAAGCGAACAUUGGUGGGUACACCUCGAACAAGCAGCGGGUAAAGAGCUUUCUCAACAGUGGCACGGGGACGGAAGCAGGUGCACUUGGGAAACCCAUCGCGGACCUUUACACGAGUACCACCAUUAUGUUUGCAGAUGUAGCUGGCUUCACCCCCUGGAGUUCAACAAGAGAUCCCGGACAAGUCUUUACGUUUUUGCAGACGAUUUACCAGGGUUUUGACGCUAUCGCCCACAGGAGAAAGGUCUUUAAGGUCGAGACUGUGGGAGAUUGUUACGUUGCUGUCUGUGGGUUGCCAGAUGCCAACAAGCGGCACGCUGUAGUCAUGGCACAUUUCGCCCAAGAGUGCCUGUUCAAAUUCAAUGAACUAACCAGGAAGCUCGAGAUUCAGUUGGGACCGGACACAGGAGACAUGAUGCUCAGGAUUGGCCUGAACUCUGGUCCAUGCACUGCUGGGGUACUUCGUGGAGAUCGAGCACGUUUCCAGCUCUUCGGAAACACGGUUAACCUCGCGUCAAGAAUGGAAAGUCAUGGUCUUCCCAACAAAAUUCACCUCUCCAAAGCCACGGCAGACCUUCUCGUAAAGGAGGGGAAAGGUACAUGGAUCACACCCAAUCAAGCCACAGUACAUGUCAAGGGCAAAGGAGUCCAAGAAACCUUCUGGCUCGUCCCUACAUCCAAGUACGUCGUGAGCACUGCUUCCGUUCGCAGCCAAGAUACCUCUGAAGGAAAGGCUUCCAGAAAGACCACUCGUUUGAUCGAAUGGAAUGUGCAGGUGCUUUCCAAUCUCUUGAAACCUGUAGUUGCUAGGCGAAAUGCUGUCCAGGCCGCGCAGAAGAACAAUAGAUUGUCCUCGAAGAAAGGCGACUUGCGACUUGAAGGCGCGAAAUCUGGAAGGCGACCUCUCGACGAAGUUCAGGACGUUCUCAAGCUCCCGACGUUUGAUGACAAGGCUGCAUCACUGGAACUUGAUCCUCAGACAAUUGCCUUGGAGCCCAUCGUGAUCGAGCAGCUUCGGCGGCUCGUUACCGAGAUCAGCAAGCUCUAUCACGACAACCCUUUCCACAACUUUGAACACGCCAGUCACGUGGCCAGCUCCGUGUCGAAGCUCCUCAAACGAAUUGUUGCCCCUGAUAUUGAAGUGUCAAACGACGAGGGUGCAGCCUUGGGUCUUCACGAUUAUUCCUAUGGCAUCACUGGUGACCCCCUGACACAAUUCGCUGUGGUUCUAUCUGCUCUGAUUCAUGAUGUGGACCAUCGGGGUGUCUCGAACAUGCAGCUCGGCAAAGAGCAGCCAGACCUUGCUGACCAUUAUAACAACAAGAGCUUGGCAGAACAGAACUCAGUGGAUAUUGCCUGGGAGUUGUUGAUGAGAAACGAGUAUAGAGAGCUUCGCGCCUGCAUAUAUGGCGACAGCGAGGAGGACAUGCGGAGGUUUCGCAAGAUUGUCGUUGCGGUUGUCCUUGCUACGGACAUCUUUGACAAGGAACUCAAUGACCUUCGUAAAGGUCGUUGGACAAAGGCGUUUUCGAAGGAUCCCCUUGAAGAUGAUUCAAGCCGCAAGGACUUCAAGGCCACAAUUGUCAUUGAGCACUUGAUCCAGGCUAGUGACGUGUCCCAUACCAUGCAGCACUGGCAUGUGUACAGGAAGUGGAAUGAGCGUUUGUUUCUGGAGAUGUACCAUGCCUACAAAGAAGGACGCAUGGGAAAAGACCCUGCUACAUUCUGGGCUGCCGGCGAGAUUGGAUUCUUUGACAAUUACAUCAUCCCGUUGGCUGCAAAGUUGAAGGAAUGCAAUGUGUUUGGGGUCUCCAGUGACGAGUAUCUCAACUAUGCACUUGAAAACCGUGAAGAAUGGGCGCGGAAGGGUGAAGGCAUCGUUGAAGACCUCAAGAAGAAGUACACUGCGAUCGAAAAUGAAGGGUCUUCUUCCUCUCAGAUGCUUUCAGCCCUCGUCGAAUCUGCUGAUGAUCUAGAUGACAUCUCUGUCUAAGGAGAGCACAUUGGGACGUUUUAGGUCGAAGGAGGUGGAUCAGGUGCCUCGAUUUUGCAUGAUGCAUACAAAAACAAAAAACAAGAAAAACACAAAGAUUCAUAGCUAGCUAGUAACGGGUCCCGACAUCAAGCACCCUUCGGGGGUCCAAGAGGGCAUGCAUACUAUACAUCUAACUAACUACACAUUGAUGGC